CGCCGUAGGAGGCUGCAGUUCGAGGAAAGAAGUCGGACAACAAACAAGUAUUGACCUCCACUGAUGCAAUUCAGAACAGGAAGCUGCUUGUCUACGUGCGUCUCACCUCGUACUACCUCUCAUCCAGCCUACAUCAGCCAGCUCACAGGAUGCUGCUCUAACACACAUCAACCACUGCUCAGCAACAACAGGUGUCACCUGCUGGACUUUGACUCUCAACAUCAUUAAGAGGAAAUAUCAAAACUCUUUAGGUGUUUAAAAAUGAGCACGGGAGGAUUUUUCCAGAUGUUAAGGAAGAGGAAGGAGCUGAUCCCUCUGAUUGGAUUCAUGGCUUUUGCUGCUACAGGAGCAACCUCUGCUUCAAUCUACUUUCUGCUGACUAAGUCUGACGUUGUCUUGAAUAAGACCAAAAACCCAGAACCAUGGGAGAGAGUGGACCCCUCAAAACCCCAAAAGCUCAUCACCAUCAAUCAGCAGUGGAAGCCAGUGGAGGGUCUGGAGUUGGUGAAAAGCCUCCACAAAUAAAGGAAUGGCUUGAUCUGCAUCAAAGAUCCACAGUCAGAGUCCUCUCCUGCCCCCCCUCAUCAGUCGAACAGAAUCCUUUCUGCACAAACUAGGACACUUUGACAUUCAGUGUGCGGAAAUGCUUCUGCUCCACUGUUGGGGUUUCACUCGCUCUGUAGUGACCCAGCUCAACGACAGCCAUCCACAACAGAAGAAAUGCUGAUAAAUACUCUGACAGCUGUGUGGAGAAUGUUAUUUUAGCCUGUGUACUUGUGAAAAAAGAUUUAGAGACAUUUAUUUUCAACUGAAGAAGUUUGAAGUGAAUUUUCAGGGAUGUUGGAGGUUGUGGCUACGUAGUUGCUCCCACAGUAGAUGUAAAUGUAUGAUAAUGUCUGAAUGUGAAGGACAAAAUGUAAGCUUGGUGUACUGUACAGUGUCAAUAAAUUAUUAUUCAGAUCA